AUGGCGCAGAUAUUGUCGGGACACGGUUGCUUCGGCAAUUACUUGUUGCGGAUCGCCCGAAGGGAAGCCACACCUUGUUGCCACCACUGCAACGACAGCGAGGAUAAUGCGCAGCAUACCCUGGAGGUUUGUCCAGCAUGGGCAAUACAACGACAGACAGUCGUUGCGGUAGUGGGCGGGGAUCUCUCGCUUCCUUCUGUAGUAGCCUCAAUGGUUGGAAGUGAGGAAUCUUGGAGAGCUGUCGCCGAAUUCAGUGACGAGGUCAUGGCACUCAAAGAAAGUGCGGAAAGGGAGCGGGAGCUGUCGACCACUCUCCCGAUUCGUGCCCGACGCACAAGGGCUAAGAGGAGGGCUGAUAAUGCUCUCUUUCAGCCACCAUAA